AUGAGUGGAAGUGGAACAUCGAGCGGAGCGUCCACCAAGGCCGGGCAGGCAUUGGCCAGAGUCUUGGGCAUCAAACUCCAGGAUGACGACGAAAAUGCUUACCGGUAUGAAGACCCAGUCACCAGAGGCGAAUCUGUCUUUUCUACUGGAAGCGGCGAACAUCCAAUCGAGGGGCCGCCUACUACUUCAGAAUGGCUCAAUGAACAGCUUCCUACGCGGGGCGAGGUCGUAAGCUAUGUCAAGUCUCUCUUUCCCUUCAUCUCUUGGCUUCCUCAUUACAACUUGCAAUGGCUCGCCGGCGAUGUUGUGGCCGGCAUCACUAUCGGAGCUGUCCUCGUCCCCCAGGGCAUGGCUUAUGCAUUGCUGGCAAACCUCUCUCCUCAGUUUGGCCUGUACUCGUCUUUUAUUGGACCAGUCACUUAUUGGAUCUUUGGCACGUCCAAAGAUAUAUCUAUUGGACCGGUAGCUGUCUUGUCUACUGUCGUGGGAACGGUGGUGGCAGACGUCGGAGGUGAUCUUCCUCCAAACAUCGUGGCCACGGCGUUUGCUGUUAUUGCCGGAAGUAUUGUUCUCGGCAUUGGCCUCCUUCGCCUGGGCUGGAUAGUCGACCUCAUCUCCAUCACCUCACUGUCGGCUUUUAUGACGGGAUCUGCCAUUACUAUUGGCGCCAGUCAGCUGCCUUCGCUGUUUGGCAUCACAGGCUUUUCCAACAGAGACCCGGCAUACAAAGUCAUCAUCAACACACUAAAACACUUGCCUGACACCAAGCUUGAUGCCGCCAUUGGUCUUACGGCUCUUUUCUUCCUCUAUCUGAUACGAUACACUUUGACCAGGGCCGCCGAAAGGUGGCCAGCCAAUAAGCGCAUCAUCUUUUUCCUCAACACCAUGCGGACAGUGUUUGUCAUUCUCCUUUACACCAUGGUGAGCUGGCUGAUCAACAAAGAUCGGAAAUCUCACCCGGCGGUUCGUGUUCUAGGGAAUGUUCCAAAAGGAUUCCAGCACGGCGGCGUUCCAGAGAUCCCACCUGGACUUGUGUCAAAGUUUGCUUCCCACCUUCCGGCAGGUAUUAUCGUCAUGUUGGUGGAGCAUAUUGCCAUCUCCAAGUCUUUUGGCAGGGUGAAUAACUACACCAUUGACCCAUCGCAGGAAAUGGUUGCUAUUGGCAUGACCAACCUGUUGGGUUCAUUUCUCGGGGCCUAUCCGUCCACCGGGUCUUUCAGCCGAACAGCCAUCAAAUCAAAAGCUGGCGUCAGAACUCCUGCUGCGGGUCUCAUCACCGGACUGAUUGUGCUCUUGGCCACCUACCUUUUGACGGCCGUUUUCUUUUACAUUCCUAAUGCAGUCCUCGCAGCGUUUUGGAGAGUCUCGCCCAUAGAAGUCUUCAUCUUCUUCAUCGGUGUUUUCAUCAGUGUGUUUGCGCAAAUUGAGGACGGUCUAUAUGCCACCGUGUGUAUAUCGGCUGCUGUUCUCAUAUAUCGCAUCUUGAAGGCGCGUGGGCGGUUCCUGGGCAAAGUCAAACUGGUGGGAGAAUAUGGCACAUUCGAGGAAAGGGUUGAGAAUGCUGCCAGGAAUAUUUUCCUGCCUCUUGACCACGGCGACGGCUCCAACCCCGAGGUGGAGUUGGAAAAUCCAUACCCCGGCAUCUUUAUCUACCGUUUCUCGGAGGGAUUCAACUAUCCAAGUGCGAACCAUGCCUUGGAAUACUUGACUGGCUUCAUUUAUGCACGCACACGCCGAACCAGCCCAGAGACGUAUGAGCGCAAGGGCGACCGGUCGUGGAGCAAUCCAGGUCCUAGAAAGCCUGGAAAGUCCAGGGAGGAUCCCGACCAUGGCCAAAAGCCGACCCUAAAGGCCAUCAUUCUCGACUUUAGUUCUGUUAACAAUGUGGACAUCACGUCGGUCCAGCGCCUUAUCGAUGUGCGGAACGUGCUCGAUACAUACACAGCCCCGGAUGUUGUAGACUGGCAUGUCGCAUGCAUCAACAAUCGAUGGACCAGGCGAGCGCUCAUUGCCGGAGGAUUCGGCACUCCCACAAAAUCGCGGGAUGGCAUUCCGCACAGGUGGAAGUCCAUCUUUAGCGUCGCAGAGAUUGGUGGAAAAGACUCUGCUGCUGCGGUUGCUGAGGAGAACGCCAUUAAGAGAGAACUAUCCAUCAUGGCUAACAGACCAGGAGAUGAAGAAAUGGCGAAGGCCACUGCCAUGGUUGAAGAGGAGGAGGAGGAAACACCGAGGCCUAACUUGACCAGUGCCGUGCAAAGCGCCAUUGCCAAUGUAGAAGCCAGGAUGGAGGCGAGCAGCAGCGGGUGA